UAGGACGCGGUUUGCUGAGGGAUUGCCUGCCCCUUUCUGGGGUCCACAAUGGCUGGCGGGUCAUCAGAAGAGCCCCACAUUAUGCAGUCCUGGGAGAGCAGAAGAGUACUUUCACUGGAACAAAGCGCUUCACUCUGAGCCUGAAAAGGGAAGGAAUAAUCCUGGCUGUACCUGCCCAACAGUUACCACUCACUUCCGGUGUUGUGAAGGACUGCGCAGGCGUACCAACAUGAACACCAUCCUGUUCUUUGGUCUCCUGAGUUUGGCUGUUACUCACUUGGCUGAUAAGAAAAAUGAAAAUUCUGGCACUAAGUUUUUGGCCUACCUGAAAUCCGACUACCAGCCUUGUGUGGGCACCUUAAUCCACCAGCAGUGGGUGGUAACAGCUGCUCACUGCUACCUACCAUUCCUUCAGGUGAAAAUAGGCUCUCCAAACGAAAACAUUAAGGGUUGGCUCCAGGAUCAGGAAAUAAACUAUGAAUUUCUCUUCCGACAUCCAAAUUUCACAGCAGACUCUCCUGAACAUGACAUAAUGUUGAUCAAGCUGGCCAAGUCCAACAACCAACAUGUGCUGGUAGAUCUGCCUACUAGUAUCAAUGACCUAGACGGAUCAAUAUGUGUUAUUUCUGGCUGGAGUCAGAACUGGAAAUAUCCUUUCACAGAUGCAGACAUUCAAAUAAAUCAAAUGGCUCGGUGGCUUUCUCCUGUUCAAUGCAAGGGAGCCUCUCCAAGAAAUAUCACUGCCAGGAGCAUGAAUAAUAUGUUCUGUGCAGGAAUGUAUCCACAUCAGCAGAACGUCUGUCAGGAGGUGUCUGCCUCUGCAGCCAUUUGCAAAGGACAGCUCCAUGGGAUCCUAUCCUGGACAGAUGGAUGUGUUCUGAAAGGGGAUAUCGGCUACUAUACCAAAGUAUACAAAUACAGAAACUGGAUCCUUGACAUUAUUGAGAAAAAUUGAGGCACUAUUGCUCCCUCUCCUGAUGACCAUGACUCGGGGUAUAACAUUGCUAGUCCUUUCUUCUCCCUCCAGCCUCAGAACAUAACUUGAAUGGAGUCCUCGAAAAAUA